AUGACUUCACAAACACAAUUACGCUAUCAAGUCAUCCGCAUCUACAAAGAACUCCUCUAUCUCGGCCGCGAAUACCCUCUAGGCUACGAUUACUUCCGCCCUCGCCUGCACAAAGCCUUUUCCAGCAAAGCAAAUCUCACUUCAGAAGCAGAAAUCAAAAAGGGGAUAGAAAGUGCAGAAUACGUGAAGAAGGAGAUAGAAGCAUUGUAA